UCCAACAUUUUGGAUAUAUUAUCCUUACUUUCACUACACAAUUUUUGAUUCUGCUCUACUCUCAUUAUAAUGAAUUCAUGUUUCGAUUGGCAUUCUCUUACAUGACCUACAAUCUUAAAUUGAAGUAAAAUUCUUAUUAUUAUAUUUAGAGACAUCAUUAAGGAAUAUAUUCCACAUUCCUUCUUAGCAUUAAGUCUUAAUAUCAGAAAUAAUCAAUUCCAACUUGAAUUUCAAAAUCAAAUAAGCAUUACAAAUUUAAAUGUUGAGGAUAACAAAACUUUGAUUGAAAUGAUGAGAAAUACCUUUGUUGUUCCCAAAGGUUAAAUUCCUACUUGUAUUGAUCUAUAAAAUAUUAACAUCCAAAGAUCAGGUGAUUUGUCCAUGAGACGCUUGGUCAAUAAAAAAUAAACUUUAGAGGAAUAUGCAUUUUAUAAGAUAAAGGAAAAUUUAUCAGUAAAUUAGUAAGCAGCAACAGAAUAAACUGAAGUUAUGGAAGGUGUAUUUUAUAAUUAAUUGAAAGAAAUAAAUAUUAUUGUCAGUAUUGAUAUUAAAACGAUUAAUUAUGGCAAGAACUAUUUAUUAAUUGUAGUUAAAGAAGAAAAAUAACCUUAGAUGCUGUCUAAAAGCGAAGAAUAAAUUAGAUUUUUAAGCAAGAUUAUUUAAUUUGCUGCUAAUCAACUCUCAGCUUCACACUAGCAUUUGUAUAAAGAAAUACUAGGAUUAAAGUUAAACUCUAUGGAUAAUAAUAAAAUUUGGUAGAUUAAAUGUAUUAACUUAUCCAUAAUGAAUCAUUUUUAAAACUUUUACUUUUUCGUCAAUUCAACUCAAAUUAACAAUUUUAUAGCGUCUUAUAGCAAAAUAAAUCUAAAAAAUUUUCUCAUAAAUAUACAACACCAUUUUUCAUAUAUGAGUAUGAAAAAUAAGAAGAAAUUUCUUUCUCAUUUAAAUUUAGAGGAUUAUAUGAUUAAAGUUAAUUCAAAAUUUUUAUCAUAAAUAGUUUUUAAUAUUUUCGAACAAUGUUUGAAAUAAUCCGAUUCCAAUUCUACUAUAAGUCUUAAUGUGACAAAUGAAUUAAAUCUAAAUCCAUUACAAAAUAACAUUAUUGAUAAAAAAUGUCUCUAAGAAUUAGAUUUUAUUGAAAAGGUUGCUGAAGAAUCCUAAGAAAGUCCUACUAAAGUUGAAUUUUAAAAACUUGUUAAAUUUGAGUUCACUUUUUUUUCAAAUAAAAAGGUCUUAUUAUAGUCAGAAAACACAUUAAUUUUAAAUCCAUAAACUUAUGAGGAUUAUCAUUUCAAUAAUAAUUAAGAAUUUGAACUAAAUCAUCCCAUAACAAAUUUUUUAGCGAAAAAGAUUGGUCCGUACAAUUCAAUUUAAUAUUCUUAAAAUAUAUAUUGUGAAAAUUAAUGCUAAUAAGCAUUUAUAGUAUUCCCUUCAAUGAUAGAUUUAAUUUAAUAGCAAACAUUGUAUAAAAAUACCAUAAGCUUCUACAUUUAUACAGAUUAAACUUAAUUAACUUAAUCAUUCAUAAAAUAUGCUUAGUAGAAGUCAUUUUUAUAACCUUGA